AUUUGUACAGCGGAAGAAACGAGAUAGAGAGAUGCCGACUGGCGCCUCCCGCGUCAAGUCGAGACGUCGAAAGUCUCAAAUGGCAGAAAACGACGAGAGAGAACGCCAAACAACGGCCUUACGCGGAGUCCUUCGCCCUCCUCUCUUCUUCUCUAUGAAAGGAUUCCUCCGCCUUCGUUCCAUGGACUGUCAGUUCCGAUCGCCAUGGAAUCCUCCUCCACCUCCCUCGCCGCUAGGUUCAGGUUCAGAGACCAUCCGCAGUCGGAGAACGUCAGCGAGUCCGACACAGACACCGAGAUUUCUUCCGAGUCCGCCGUUAAGGAGGAUGAGGAAACCCAGCUCGAUUCCAUGACUGCCAAGGGGAUCAAGCGUCUCUGCAUGGAAUUGCUGGAGAUAAAAGCAGCAUCAGAUGAAGAUUUUCAUAAGAAUAUCUUCUCGAAUUAUUCUUCCUUCCUUGGAAUAUUUGAGGAGGUAAAGGACAUUGAGAAGGAGCUGAUGCAACUGAAGAAUCAAGUUUUGAUUCAAAAGAAGCUUGUUAACAACCUGAUCAAUGGUAUCUAUCUGAAGACCUUGACAGACCUACCUGAACUAGCAGUAGAAAACGAGCUUGAAGAACCGCCUCCUGUAAGUAUGCUUGAGGAUCACAUAAAUGAUGUGGCAGACAUGCUGGAUGUACUUCUUGCGGAAAACAGGGCAGAUGAAUCCAUAGCUUAUCUUGAAAAGGAGGAAGAUAAUUUGCGCAGGGUGCAGCGCAAAGGUGAUAUAUCAGCAGAUGUACUAAAGUCAUAUUCUGCCGUUCUUUCGGAAAGAAAGGACAUGCUUACAUUGCAAUUGACUUUGAUUGCUGAAAAUUCAAGAAUAGCUGCUCCAGAACUUCAGAAAGCACUUUCUGGACUCUGCAAACUGGGUGACAGCAGCCUCGCAACUCAGUUGUUGCUAAAAUAUUACCAUUCUCGCAUUGUGGCAGGAAUAGAUGAAUUGGAGAAUUCAGAGUCAUUUUUAGUUGGAAUGUAUGGCAGAGACCUCUCUAAACUUGUAUUUGCCAUGAUAUCCCAAGCAGCAAGGAGCUUUGUCAUGCUUCAUGGGAAAAAAUCCAGUUAUGAUUCUGAACUGGUUCAGUGGGCACGUGAAGAAGCUCAAGUAUUUGUUAGUUCUUUUACUAGAUAUGCAAAAUCGAUCUCAGAUGUUAGCUGUGGACUGUCGACAGCUGUAGAAGCUGUCCAAUUCGCUCUGACAUAUUGUUCACUCUUGGAGUCUCAGGGAUUGACAUUGCAGCCUUACCUGAUCAAGCUUAUUCGACCCUGUGUGGAAGAAGUUCUAGAGGUGCACAUAGACCAUUUCAAGAAGGUCAUUGGCAUCUUUACAGCAACGGAUUCUUGGGUUUUAAGUAGGUAUCUCAUAUCUGGAAUCCUGAAUGAAAACUACUCUUCUAUGGUAUUUGGGGAAGAAUCAGAAUACUGCUUACUCACCAAUAGUGGGCGGAAGUUUGUAACUUUGUUGCAGGCUAUGACUGAAGAUGCUGUUCCUUUGGUUGCUCUCCGAAUGGAAGGUUCCAUUCUCAGAGGGCUUAUGAAUCUUUUCAUGGAGUACAUGUCUAUCCUUGAAACAGCUAUGACACAUGACAUUUACUCCCCUGAGAAAAGUGAUUCAGAGUUUAUUUGUGCUGAAUCACUACCACAACAAGUUUCAAUUCUGGCAAAUCUGUCCACACUUGAACAUUUCUACUCUAGCACCAUGACCAGUAUUUUUGGGGGCAUAAAUCGUAUCAAUUCUGAGCUAAUGAGCAACCAGCCUAUGGGUUUACAACAGCAGCAACUCGAAGAGUGCGUGUUAUUCAUCCAAGAGGCAUCUGGUAGGCUCAGGUCCUUUUUCUGUGAGCAAUAUGUUCACAGACUAAUGUCACUGGAAACUGAGUCGAAGCUGAUCCUCGAAAGAUAUAGUGCUAGUAAGGAUGAUCCUGGCUGGGUUGAUGGUGUCAUGCCCUCUCCUGCCUUUCAGGGGCUGUUCUUAGAACUCAAGAAAUUAGAAAAACUUGCUGAAGACCAAGUCUUUGAAUCCAGUUGGGUGAUGGAUUUAAUAAGUGAGCUCAUUGAUGCCGUAUUUGUCUGGAUUUCAAAGAACAAAAAGAUUUGGGAGAUGGACGAACAAGUUUCAACUAGUUCUGAAGGUUUGAAACAGUUUGUUCUUGACAUGCAUUUUCUAAGGGAGAUCACAAAGCUUGGAGGAUACUUCUCUGAGAACCCUUCAGCACCUGUUGCUCUGUUGGAAGCUGCAUUCGUCUCAGUUGGGCUCGAUCCUGACAGAGAAGCUGCUGGUGACGGUGAUAGAUGGGCCAUAAAUGCAGCAAGCGAAGCAAUCAAACGGCUAGUGGAAAUCGAACAAGCAUCUUCUCUUCUUGAUCAGGAAAUUCCUGGUGUUGUAAUGGACGAGCUGCAGGAAAGUCAUACCGAGCUAAUCAGUGAACCAAUCAACGAUGAUGGGCAAAGUUCUUCAGAUGAAUCCUCCCGAGUGGUCACUGCAGAUAUGUUAGAUGAUGCAAUGGACAGAGCGAGAAUAACAGCAAACACGGAGCUAAGCAGUCAGCAUUUGGAAGCAGCCUCAGAUCAUUGGACACCCUCGAUAGGGUCUUCACCGGAUGUAGAAGAAGUGAUUGGCUACGAGAAUGAAGAAGCAUAUGAAAGGUUUGAGUUUAACGAGGAUGCAAGCUUCAAGCAAGUUAUGCCGACUACCAGCCCAUCUGCUAAAGCUCCAGAGAAGACAGGGAGGUUUCAGGGAGAGGGACGAUUGAGCCGACGCACGAGGGCUGGCAAAGGUUUCAUCGGUGAGCUGGGGAGUGAUGAACUAGAAGCAGAGUCACCCUGAACAUUUACAUAAGGUUGAGGCGGGUUUGAUUUGUACCAUUAGCUGCUUGCACUUUCAAAUGAUGGAUGACCAACUAACCAAUGCUGCUUCCCCAAAAUCUCCAAUCAUCACCAUUAGAUUUUUGUCAUGAGUUAUUUUAAUAACGACUAUGAAUGGUUACUUUCAAUGUUGUUGUAAACAUAAUGAUGCAGAUCUUUGUUUUGGGGGACAAACGAAAUAUUUGCUCCGGAGAAUUAGGAGCGGCGGAAGCUUUCACGGA